AUGACGGAAUUGAAAGGGUUAAAUGCUGAUUUACGUGAUUCUUCAGAAACAACUGCUGAAACAAAUGCUGAUUUACGUGGUUCUUCAGAAACAACUGCUGAAGCAAAUGCUGGUGAAACAUCAACAAUCGCCAACACAAACACCUGCACAGAAAUUACUAAAAUUAUUAUAAAAAGUACUGGAGAAGAUGCGUGGAUGAUCAAACCAAAAGAUAAACACAAAUAA